AUGUCAAGUAUCUCUCAAAUGAUAUAUUUGAAAAGAAACUUCUGGUACAGAGCUUGUAGAUUAAUUUAUGGAAAUAUCAAAAUCGGCGAACUACAAAGCCUCUAUCCAAGACCCCCUGGCAUUCAAGCAGCCUAUAAUCAUUUGCAAGAGUUAGACAAUGUCAAUCUUUCUGUUGAAAAACAAGGUCUAGUAGGGUAUGGCCAAAUUGUUUCGUCUGCUUGUGAUACUGUAGCUACUGCCUACAACAACUUCUACGUUGAAAACUAUGAAACAAGAAACGAAACAAAUUUCGCAUACAGUACACGUUGCUUUUUCAAUUCUUUUGGUUUUACCAAGCUGAAAAUCAGAAAAAAUUUAAUAUUAUUAGUCUAUUUUUUUUUAUGUAGAUGUUAUAGCGUUGAUCAUGUGAUCUUUUAUAUUGUGACUCUAACAUCUAUAUCUAUAUGCUCACCAAUGUAAGUUAUUGAUAUAUUAAUAAAUCAAUUAGGAUUUUACGUAGAUAAAACUAAGCAGUGUAUACAUAUAUGUAAUGAUAUGGAAGUAAAUAAGAAAAUUACAUAUGUAUUUUUGAAUAGGGAAAAAAAAAUACAUUACCAAAUAAAAAUAGAAAUGCU